ACUCAAACUGUCAGGUUGUGAAAUCACUGAGAGUCACUGUGCUCUUCUGGUCUCAGCUCUGAUGUCAAACCCCUCACACCUGAGAGAACUGGAUCUGAGUAACAACAACCUGAAGGAUACAGGAGUGGAGAAGCUCUCUGCUUUGCUGAAGGAUCCACAAUGUAGACUGGAGACUCUUAGGCUGUCAGGCUGUCUGGUUACUGAGAACGGCUGUGUUCAUCUGGACUCAUCUUUGAAGUCAAACCCCUCACACCUGAAAGAACUGGAUCUGAGCUUCAAUCACCCAGGAGAAUCAGGAGUCAGACUGCUCUCUGCUGGACUGGAGGAUCCACACUGGAGACUGGAGAAACUCAAGUAUGUCCUGUAGAUGUUUUCUCUAUCAGUAAUCAGUAAUGUGGUAUGAAGUUGCCAUGUACAGUGGGGCAAAAAAGCAUUUAGUCAGCCACCAAUUGUGCAAGU